ACGGGACUUCGAACGAUGGAACUUCCUGGAGCCUUCCAAUUUCUUCCAUGUCCCUCUGGAACUUUCCUCUUCUAUCCAUUAUCCCAACACUGCCUGCCUUCCCAGUGCACCUAUAAACCCCCAGAAGCACCCCGUCCUUUUUCUCAGAGAAAUUCGAUCAAUCCGAUUUCAGAAGUUUCCAAGAAAGUUUUCUGGCAUUUAGCAUCCGUGACGAGAUUAACCUACUCAUAAGAGGUAAAUGGAUCUCAGAAUCUUGGGUUUGGAUUCUCCACUCUUCUCCAAUCUUCAACAGAUGAUGGACCUGACCGAUGACACCGACAAGUCUUCCCACAACGCUCCUACCCGCACCUAUAUGCGUGACGCCAAGGCCAUGGCUGCCACUCCCGCCGAUGUUAAGGAGUACCCAAGCUCCUACGUCUUCAUUAUCGACAUGCCGGGGCUCAAGUCCGGGGACAUCAAGGUCCAGGUAGAGGACGAAAAUGUGCUGGUGAUUAGCGGCGAGAGGAAACGUGAUGAGGAGAAAGAGGCCAAGUACGUGAGGAUGGAGAGGAGGAUCGGGAAAUUUAUGAGGAAGUUUGUGCUGCCUGAGAAUGCCAACACAGACGCUAUCUCCGCGGUUUGCCAGGACGGCGUGCUGACUGUGACUGUGGAGAAGCUUCCGCCUCCAGAACCCAAGAAGCCCAAGACAAUUGAGGUUAAGAUUGCAUAAGCGCAGCAGUCGGUGGGAUUGGCGACUCGAUUUGGCUAUGACUGUGUUGUGGGUUUUGGUCUGAUUAUGGUUAUAAUAGAGUAUUUUGUGUUUUUCGUAUGUUCUGUCUUUGCUUGCAAGUGGAUUUUGUCCUGUCAUAUGUAGGAUUUCAAGUGAUUAUGCCUAUGGUCUGUGGUUAGAAAACAGUUCUCGAUGUUUCAAUUUUCGAAUAAUUGUCUUUUUCUUUCAGUGCUCA